AUUCUCACGUCUACGUUCUGGAGAAAAGUCAACACAAAGUCCCAGAGGAGGCUCUGAAGCAUGAGAAGUACAGCAGUCAGCUGCAGAUGAGUUUAAAAGCUUCAGAAGGGAAGAAGACAGAGCUGGAAGAUCGAAUGAGAGCCGAGAAAACCCCAAAUACCAAGAGUCUGACACAGGUCACAGAGGCUCCGGUGUGUCGGCCCACUCCUCUGUAUGGUCAGCCUUCCUGGUGGGGAGAGGAAGAUUAUGGGAGUAAAGUUCAUACCAGCGAUGACCAUCAUGCAGAAGCCCAGAAAGACCCUUCAUCCGUAGAUCCAGACUUUUCUGGAUCUCUGUCAGACCCCCAACAAAAGACCAUCUUCCCUUCGUACCACCGCGAGCCAAGCUACUUUGAGAUCCCUACCAAGGACUUCCAGCACCCCAAAACCUCAGGGGCGGAGCUUCAUGAGAUCCCCACCAAGGACACGGACACGCCCCCGGCACCGCCCUCCCCUCCAACCCAGACUCCACCCGUGGUUCAGAGCCACGCUUCCUUCACCAUUGAGUUCGACGAUUGCAUGCCCGGCAAGAUCAAAAUCAAAGACCACGUCACCAAGUUCUCUACCCGCCAGAGGAAGCAGCAGGCUCCGCCCACCAAGACCCCCAUUGCAACAGCCACGCCUGCUGAGGUGAUGUCAGCAGAGAGCAAGGUGGCUGAUUGGCUGGUCCACAGUGAUGUCAGCAUGAUGAGAAGACGUCCAACAUGUGAAGAUGUUUACAGCACCAAGAGUGACCUCGCCAUGAACAUCAAGACCCUCAAAGGUCACCAUCAUGAGGAUGGAACCCAGAGCGACUCUGAGGACCCAGUUCUCAAAGGAAGGAGGAGUAAAUCCCACCACUCUGUCCAGUCUCAGCACUCCAUCCAAUCAGAGCAGUCUGAGGCCUCACAGCAGACCGUUCAGUCAGCUCAGUCUGUCCACUGCCAGCUACCUGCUCCAACAGAGACACUCCACCAGCCACUGCAGCACUCUCCACCCACACCGGCCCCAGCCUCACCUGGAGCCCCAGAGCGGCCCCUGUCCCAGAGUCCUCCUCAAACUCAUUCCCCCACCACAGAAACGUCCAAGCAGCCCCCCCCUGAGCACCUCACCCAGCAGGCCUUUAUCAUUGAGUUCUUCGAUGACAACCCGCGCAAAAAACGCUCGCAGUCGUUCACGCACAACCCCGCCCACGCUGACUCAUACUCUGCCCUGAAGGCCAAGCUGGAGCGGCGGAAAGGUGGCGAGAGGCCUGCAUCUGUGCAUGGCCACAUCCCCCCCACCCAGCAGGUGACGGUUCCUCUGAAAGGUCAGGGCCACGGCGGCCCCCAGAGGUCAAGCUCUCUGAAGAGGGAGAAGACAGAGGGGGAGGUGGCCUCCUCUGGUUCCUCCUCUCGCUCUUCCUCUGGUAUUAUCAUCAGACCCUUCGGCAGUGUCGGGAAGAAGUCCAAGCUUGCCCAGGAGUUUGCCGCUGAAUUCCUGAAGGAUUCUGGUCAACAGGAUUCAUCCCCCACGAGUGACAAGUCAUCCCCGCCCCCAAUGUCUGCACCACCGGUGAUGGUGUCGCCUCCUCAAGCCAGAAUUCCCUCCCCCCAGGAACCUACAGCACCUUCCUCAGUCUCCUACCCCACCUCCCCCUUACAGCCUCCAGCAAUGUCAAAGUCGUCAGUCCCCACCAAUCCUGCUGCCCAGACUGCAUCUCCAGUCCACUCCUCUGGGCCUCCCUUGUCCCCCAUGCUGCCCCAGGGCAUCCGUGCAGCAGACCCCAAAUGCUCCCAGAGGAUGAUGAGGAACGAGGAAGACGACAGCCUGAGUGAUGCUGGGACCUACACCAUUGAGACAGAGUCCCAGGACAAAGAGGUGGAAGAGGCUCGUAACAUGAUCGACCAGGUGUUUGGUGUCCUCGACUCUCCAGAGUACAGUGGUGUGAACACAGGAGUGUAUAGACCUGUAAUAAAUGAUGGCAAGGAUGAGCAAGCUAACCUUCCUAGCGAUGGUAGCACUAUGGACUCGUUGCAUGGCUUUAUCCCAGCUGCUAUCAGCGGCCCCCCAACAGGCCCCAUACAGGUUCCACCUGCUCAUGCAGCAGGUCUGGAGGGACCAAAAUGGGUUUCCCGUUGGGCCAGUCUGGCAGACAGCUAUGCUGAUCCUGGUUCCACUCCACCUCAAGGGGAAUGUCUGGAAGAUCUACGCUUCAUGAGCCGGGCAAUGGUGAAUUACAGCUAUGAUAACUCUGAGUCAGAGUCCAGCCACAGCUCCAGGACAAGAAGGCUUCUGCCCCAGGUGCCUCCAGAAAAGCUGGAUAGCAUUCCCCCGAGUAUCCUGAUUCGCCAUGAACCUUACCAGGGUCAGGAAUCUCUGGACAGAGUCUCUGGUCCUCCCCGCCCACAGGACUCCACCCAGUGCCUGUCCGUUCAGGAUGAUGUGGACCCAGACAGUCUGAGUGACGCCAGCCGCUCAGAUGACGGACCAGUUCUGGAGAAAACAAAGAAGAAUCAGGCCAGGACUGUAUCUGUGUCUCCUGGGGAUGCUGGUCCUCAGUUCAAGGGUCCAGAGAAAGUGUCUCCCUCCACCAAAUCCACCUCCUUCUAUAUUGGUUCUGAAGACAGUCCAGGCAAACCUGACCAGGCCCGGAGCCUGGUACAGUCUGAGAGGAUACACGACCCCCCAGCAAAAACUCCCCCUACCACCGUCCUGAUCCGACACCUGAGUGGACACGAACCCAGGAGGACAGGUGUCAAACCCAAUAGCUCUGCUCCAAACCUCCAAAUGCAGGACAAGGAUUCUGUCCCCACUAAAGACAGCUGCAUGUCAUCCAUCGUCCGGCAGGAGAGCUUCACCAAAGACCGGCCAAGCGACACUGUCCAGAUGAAGAAGCUUCCCCACAUCUCCAGCCACCCAUCCCUCAGAGAUAUGGAGCAGAGGAGGGAGAACAUCCAGGACACGCAGUCCUUCCUUCAGGAGGCAGAGGGGACUCUGUCCUCUCUGGACACCAAGUUCCCAUCAUCUGGCUCCGGUCGUAGUUCAAAGAAAGGAGGCUCCUCCACGCACAUGGAUGACUCCCUUUCUGGUGAGUCGGAUGUGGACACAGCAAGCACCGUAAGCCAGGUGAGUAGCAAAAACACUCCGGUCAGCUCUUCUUCUAAAAAGCGUCCCGCCAUCAGCAGCCUUCAGAAGGAGAAGUCCUCUUCCAGCCCAUCUAUCCAAGAGAAGGGACGGCAACUAACCGCCCGUGAACGGCUUUCUGAGAAACGCCGCAACCAGGUGACAACAGAUGCCUCCAGCAAGGCAGAAGCAACAAAGCGCUUCCAGAUGCGCCGCAGUGCGGGCAAUCGUGGAUCUCUGGAUCUGUCCGAGGGACAGCAGGGUUCUGGUCCACAGUGGACCGAAACAACAUCAUCUGACCAUGAAAUUUCCCGUCCGUCCAGCCGUAGCAAGAAAGUCAUCGCCCCUCUUCAGAAAGAAGAUAAUGGAAAGACGGCCAAGACAGCAGCUCAGCAGGUUCUGACACGUUCCAAUAGCCUGUCAGCACCACGGCCAACCCGGGCGUCCAUGCUUCGACGUGCACGCCUGGGCGAGGCCUCAGAUAAUGAAGGUGCUGAGACUGAUCGGGGUUCCCAGAACUCAGACCAUAUCCCUGCACCAUCCAAAGUGUCUGCUGAGGGGAAGAAGCUGUCCAGGCUUGACAUCUUAGCGAUGCCCAGAAAGAGAACCGGCUCCUUCACAGCUCCCAGCGACAAUGAGACAUCCUCCACGGGCCGGCCUGGUUUAUCUAAUCGGAACUCUGAGUCUGUUGUCACCACUAGGAAGACUUCUGUUGGCGACGCCCGGCAGGCAGCUACCAAAGGGGGUGGAGCUCUGGGGAAGCAACCCCUGACCCGUACCCGGUCCAGCGGAGCCAAGUACCCCAGCACUGGUUCCCGUCGCAGACAGAAGGGCUCAGACUUCUCUUCAUCCUCUGAGGAAGAAUACGAGAUGAAUGCCGGGACUCUCAAAGCCAAGCGUUCCUCCCAUCCCUCCGCAUCCGCCCAAACACCACGCGGCCACCGGACAGCCGCCACCAGAUCCAAGUCUGUUUCCCUAGAGACGGAGGAGGACGAGGACCAGAACGAGAUUGACCCGUACCAGAACUGGUCCACGCACAGCGCUGAGAUCGCAAAGCUCAGUCAGGACCUAGCCAAAGAUCUGGCCAUCCUGGCAAAGGAAAUUCACGAUGUUGCUGGGGACGGAGACUCGCCAAGCUCUGGCAUGGCCACCACCACCUCACCCAGCUCGCUGCCCAACACGCCGGCCUCCACCAUCUCUGCCAGGGAGGAGGUGAUUCUGGACAACCUGAUGCUGAAUCCAGUGUCUCAGCUGUCUCAGGCCAUCCGGGAGAACACGGAGCAGCUGGCUGAAAAGAUGAAGGUUCUGUUCCAGAACAAGGCAGGUGUCUGGGAGGAGAUCGAGGCAAAGAUCUAUGCUGAGAAUGAAGUCCCCAUCCUAAAAACCUCCAAUAAGGAAAUUACCUCCAUUUUGAAAGAGCUGAGAAGAGUCCAGAGACAGCUUGAAGUUAUAAACACUAUCGUGGAGCCUGGUGGGAGUCUCCAGACUGCUGCUGUCGCGACAUCAUCUCACAGUCAGGCUAGACCGUCAUCAAAGGAGAAGAAAUCUGCCUCCAAACCCCGUGGCGCCCCCGCGACCUCGAACGCCAAUGAAAGCACCAAGAGACCACCUCGUGGACCCGAUGGGGCCCACUACAUGGCUUGAUCAGGCCACCGUAGCACCUCUGGAUAGUAACCGUGCAUCCACACCGCCUGCAGCCAUAUUGCCCCACCUCUGUCCAAUGAUCAGUCCGACCCUGAUGAUUACUGGCUGUAGCACCCAGAGAGGCAUCUUCUUUUAUUCUAGAUGAGCUUAUAGGGAGCUGUAGCUCAACAAAGAUCAGCUUUUACUGUGUAGCUGACCACUUGAAUCGAGCAAGAACCCCAUUAUGAACACAUGUUUUUCAGAGAUCAGCAGGCAUUUGUAAAGACGAACUUCUAGUCUGACUUUAACUCGUGAGUGCUCGUCCAUCAUGUCAUGUUUGGGGGUACAUCUUUUUCAAAGGUUUAUUUUGAUUGUGAAUGUCUCAAUGGUUCAAAUGGUGGAGUCUGUCUGGAGAGUCAGAGAAAUUAAGUAUAUGUUUGUCUUUUAUUCUAAGGACAAAAUUAGCUAAUUUUUUGGUCCUCAGUGUCCCACAAUUCAUUGUGUGCCAGUGUCCCAAUUCCAUACUUCAUACCAAUAUACAGUACCCUAACGUCAUAGUAUAGGGUUUGGUAUUACUGUUUGGUAUUGGCAGUAAAUCAUCAGCAGCGGUCGUGCAGUGUGUGUAGUAAAAAAAGUGCGAGGUUGGCAGCGGGAACUGGCAGUAACUUUGUGGUGCAUCUUCUGUAAAAGAAAGAGGCACAAAAGUACUUUUAUACUUGACAACCUUCAAAGGUUGAGAGAAUUGGCCCCUAACAGGGGGCACAGAGACCGGGAUUGGGAGUAACAUUCAGCGGGUUGUUGUCUACCAUUUGAUUUUGACAGCCGCUGAGGGUUCUCACUGUAGAAAGCUGCCGGUGAUGUGGAUGCACUCAAACUGUCCAAAACAAAUGUCUCAUUUGUAUCCAGUGAUUCAGUCCGUAAGAACAAAUGCAUUUUGAGUGAAACAAUAUAACUAUGUAGAACUGCUUCUACAUCGCACAAGCUGAACAAAAUUUAUUCAAAGCUACAAAAAGCAGCAGCUGCUCGCGCCGCAGUAGUACUGUACGUGGACAAUGUUCAAACGUAUAUUGAUAAAUUUGUGCUUUGAUAAUCUGUUGUUGUGUUGCAUUUGAACAGAUGAUAGAUUGUGUCUUUUCUGUCUGUAUUUAUGAGGAGAGAGUCAUAGCUAUUUUCCCAUCAGAGGGUCCUGUGCUGCUUCAGUGUCAUGGACAGGAAACACUUGUAGAAGUAAAAAGAUGUAAUGUUAUACUUUAUUGAAUGUUCUGUUGCCAUCUCGCUGUGAUUGUGCGAUAACUGUGAAACUGCUUUAGGUUCGCUGUAGUUGAAUGUUGUGAGUGCUGAAUGUCAGAGAGAACAAAUCAGCUUAACUAAAAUGAGACAGUGACAUGAAACCCAAGAAACACGACACAUCUGCUGUCUGACUGAUAAUGUCAGUUUUAUUUGACAUGUUGUGUUGCACUUGUGAGAACAGUUUCUGCCCCGCUCAGUCAGUCAAGACCGACACACAAAGCACACAGCUUUGGUUUUAUUUUCAGAAGUUUUAGAGGCAGAAACGUAAGCAAUGACAUUGCCAUUAGAAACUAAUUCCACUUUCUGGGCAAACAGAUGCAUUUCAUUCACUAAAGAAAUUGGAGAUGCUUUCUUCAUUUACGAGAUAAAGAUUUCGUAGGAUCCUAUGAGAUGUCAUAAUUAUCAUGAGACGUGCUGUUUUCUACUCACAAGUUGUAAAAAUCCAACAAUCGAUCAAACAACCAUCCACUGUACAGAGACGCAAUGAUGAACUACAACUUGAGCUCAUAUAUUCAAACAUUAUCACAGCAGUUGACCUUCUGUCAGUAUGUUUACUUCCUAAAACCUGACUUAUAUCAACAGGGGAAGAAGCCACUACAACUUUAUUACCUAAAUUUGAGAAAACAACUUACUAUCUUUAUCCAGAGCUUUCAGCUGUAUGUCACAGAUUUCACAGUGACCGUCUUUCAUCAGACAGCAUCUCGUCAUACCUGAACACACCUGAACCAUCUCCAUGACAACGAGGCAAUGAGUAUGAGUGUGAGAUGUGGUUGCAGGUUCUGGAAAAAGCUCAUAAAUGGACAGAUUAUUUAGUUCCAGUCAGUAAUGAACUUCCUCGCUCGUUAGCUAUUGUUUAGACCUUCUUGUAAAGACCUUCAGCCUCCUUAAUAAACAGGCUUUUAAAUACAUAAUUACAUUCCCAUUACAAGUUAGAAAAGUGCUUUAUAAAAAAAGUAUUUACAGUUUUACCUUGUGGGAACUACCUGCUCAGUAAAGGGCGGGAAAAAAAUAUGUGUGUGUGUGUGUGUGUGUGUGUGUGUUUGUUUGUUUGUUUGUUUGUUUAACUUCAUUCAUGUGUUCACGCAGCCGGGGCGUUAGUGUGGAGAGCGCUGUACAGGUGUAAGUAAGAGUGUUAGCUGUCUUUUUUCAUUGUCACAUUUCAAAUGGAUGUCAGUUACAGGUCCAGGAUGUGGUUAGCCUAGCUUAGCACAAAGACUGGACGCAGAGGGAAACUGAUCAUCAAGAGAAGAAAUCCCGAAAAGUCUGUCUGAUUAACAAGUCAGUCCAUCCCGGAAGUUACGAUUGCACUGAUAAACACGCGUUCAACCAAUCCCUGUGAAUGCUGCGACACCUUGCAAUUUUGUCCAAUCACAACAACCUUUCUGCAGAUUUGUCCAAUUAUCGCAGUCAGUUGUGCAAAACAUUGAUCUAUACAUAACACAUGUUGAGGAGGCAAUAUUUUCUAAAAGUAGAGUGGACUGUGUUUUUACUGCAGUUGCUAUUUCUCUGGAUAAAAGAUACGUCAGUUUCAGAAGGUUAGCUAGCAGGUAGUUCAGUUGUUAUACUGAAAAGCAACAUAACUUUAACUUGUUAAGCUUAUCUCUCUGCCUGUGAAGCCAACUUUAGCUUAGAAGCUUAAUUGUUGGUCAGAUAUUAAAAAAAAUGUCAAUUAUGUAAAUAUAAAUGUAAAAAUGUCUGUAGAAAAAUUGCAUUCAUGUAUAGAAAAUCACAAUAAUUCACUUACUGCGCCUAGAGGUUGUUGGUCAAUAUCUCCAGUGCUAACUGCUAAACACAAUGUUUGUAAAUCGGACAGAUAUGAAGCUUCUGGAAGGUGGAAUUUUUCACUUUCGAUGGAGCUAGGUUAGCAGUUUCCCCCUGCUUCUAGCCUUUGUGCUAAGCUAGGCUAACCACAUCCUGGACACCCAGAGACGAAACUGAACAUGUGACUCUGGAGAAGACAAGAUGAUUUCACCAAACUGUUGCUGUAAAGUGUUUGGCUGGAGAGACAGGAUAUUUUAGACUUUUAUUUUGUAAAGUGCAUGUUUCCUGUAGCUUGAGGCAGGUGAGAGUUUGAGGCUAGUUCACCAAAUGUGCACUUUUUCAUUUGACAAACACCUCAUGAAAACAGCUUUUUCAUGCUACGCAGCCAUUGAGAAUGUAUUGAUUGGUCACCUGCCCACAACACAGACCUGAUUGGCCGUUGCUGUGAUGAUGUAACUGCUGCUGCUACAGGUGAUUGGUCAUUUGGGCUACUUGCAUUUGUGUUUUUCUUUCGUUACAGUGCAUGCAACUGUGAAGCAGACAAGCUGUAGAAACAUGCUGAAUAGACGAAGCAAACCAAACUGUUCAUAUUUCUGCUGUAUGUUUCCUGUUUGAAACCUUUUUUAUGCAUUGAUCAUACGAAGGUCUGCAGCCGAUCAAUCUGCAGUCCGCUGUGUUUCUAACGGAGUAUAACCCUCCUGAUUUAUUCAUUAAGUUCCAAUGAUCUUCAGAUAUCUGGACUCUCAUGUGUUCACCAUCAACAGGAUUUCUUUACAUCACCAUGUCAUUUGUAAUAAACUGA